UAUAGGGUGGGAUUAUUCUCAUUGUUGGCAGUGGCAGCGCAGACAGACAGACAGUGUGACUGAGGCUCAACUGUGAUGAGUUUAAGCAUCAGAGUCAUCAGCUGUUGAUACAGCCGGUGUGUGUGAGAGAGAGAGAACAGAUAGAGAGAGAGAGAGAAGAGAGAGAAACGGAAGAAACAGAGCGAGGCGCUGAACGGAGACGACUAUGCUGUGCUGUAUCAGGAGAACUAAACCGGUUGAGAAGAAUGAAGAGGCCGAUCAGGAGAUCAAGCAGGAUGGAACCAAACCGGAGGAGAACGCCCACAAGGCCGCCACCAAGAUCCAGGCCAGCUUCCGCGGACACAUCACCCGGAAAAAGAUGAAGGACGGAGAGAAAGACGAGGAGAACGACGCCGCUCCGGACGAGUCCGCCGAGGCCGAGGAGGAGAAGAAGGAGCGAGUCUCUCCAUCGGAAGAGAAACCUGCUGAGGUUUCCACGGAAACAGCAGAAGAGAGCAAACCGGCCGAGCAGCCCAACUCGCCAGCCGCAGAAGCCCCGCCCACCGCUGCCACUGACUCCGCCCCCUCGGACACGCCCACUAAAGAGGAGGCGCAGGAGCAGCUGCAGGAGGCGGAGAAUCCAAAAGAGGUGGAGAACACGGCAGCCGAGAACCCCGCCCACGAUGUAAACGCACAGGAGGAGGAGAAGAAAGAGGAGGAGAAGAAGGAGGAAGCCAAACAAGCCGAUGACUUGCAAUUCUGA